AAGAGUCGCCGGGCAAACUCGGGGGAGGGAGGGAAGGAUGUGCAGGGAAGGUUGAAUUCGGUCCUUGAGACCGGAAAGGUGCUCGUGGGUAUCCGCUUCUGGAGGCUUAGGACGUCUUUAUGAAGCCUAGGGCAGCAGUGGAACUGCCAUCUUUGGAAGGAUACCUGACGUGGUAGAUCAGAGAGCCGGGAGAGGUGGGGAGCUGUCGGAGAAUCUCGGCUGCGCUAUCCCUCGUGGGCUUUUGCGAUGCCAACGCAGGCGUCGACGACUGCAGUUUCCCUGAAAUAGUCGGAGCAAAGGAGAGAAAAGCCCAGUUCUUUCACCUUGGAGUGGCGAGAGAAGGGCACCUAGAAGCUCGAGGGCGGGGACCGCAGAGGGAGCCAGCGGCCGGGGGUGGGCCAGGAGCGCUGCGGGGCGCAAGCCCGGGUCAGUUCUGCGCGUUGGGUUCGCCCACUUUCUGAGCGCCUGCGAGGAGCGGGGAAGCUCUGGCGCGAACCCGCAGGCCCCGCCCGAGGACGCUCGCGGGGCGAGCCCCCAGCCCAGCUCUAGCGCCCCGGCGCCUGCCACUCCCUACUCAGAGCCCCUCCGUGAGCGCGCCGCUGCCCACCGCCUCCAAUCACCACUCUGCGUGGAGCGCUUUAAAUAUGCAAAGACACGUCACGUUGUGUGAACUGGGAUCGGUCCGUAGGGAGGGAGCCAAUAUCUAUAUAAACGUGUCCAGCGUGGGCCAAGAAGUGUUAAACGACUGGAGAAGGGAGAGGUGGGGCGGGGGUCUGCAGACCAGGUUGGCAACACUGGUGAGUUGCUCUUCUUUCGCCCUCCUUCGCUGCUUCUAUCCAAAGGGUGCUGAGCCCGGGAGGAGGUGGGAGGUGCCCCGCGGAGCGGGGAGUGAGCGUUCCCGAGGCAGCAGGCACCUUCGAGAGGGACUGGCAUUUGGGCCCAGGAGCCAGGAAAAAGUCCUGAGCGUGCCGGCCUCGAGGAAGGCACGUUCCCUAAGGGCGCACGGUCACUGCAGUCUUUCACCGUCCGUCUGUUUUUAGAACAGAGUUCUCGCCUGAGCUUAUAAAUCUCGGGCCUGGCCCCCAAACCCCAGGCCUUUUGAGGACGGAACAGGUGAGCACUGCGCACUGCUCGCGCCCCGGUUCUUGCGUCCCCUGCUCUCCCUGCGCUCUGAGCGGCCUGGCCCCCGCGGGCUCAUCAUGUUCCCUUGGGGGCUGAGCUGCCUGUCAGUGCUGGGGGCGGCGGGCACUGCUCUCCUGUGCGCGGGCCUGCUGCUCAGCCUGGCCCAGCACCUCUGGACCCUCCGCUGGAUGCUGAGCCGGGACCGGGCCUCCACCCUGCCUUUGCCCAAGGGCUCCAUGGGCUGGCCCUUCUUCGGCGAAACGCUGCACUGGUUAGUUCAGGGCUCGCGCUUCCACAGUUCUCGCCGAGAGCGCUAUGGGACAGUGUUCAAGACGCACCUGCUGGGCAGGCCAGUGAUCCGCGUGAGCGGCGCGGAGAACGUGCGCACUAUCCUGCUGGGCGAGCACCGCCUGGUGCGCAGCCAGUGGCCGCAGAGUGCGCACAUCCUGCUGGGCUCGCACACACUGCUAGGUGCGGUCGGCGAGCCGCACCGGCGGCGGCGCAAGGUCCUGGCGCGCGUGUUCAGCCGCGCCGCGCUGGAGCGCUACGUGCCGCGCCUGCAGGGGGCGCUGCGGCAUGAGGUGCGCUCCUGGUGCGCGGCGGGCCGACCGGUCUCAGUCUACGACGCCGCCAAAGCGCUCACCUUCCGCGUGGCCGCGCGCAUCCUGCUGGGGUUGCGGCUGGACGAGGCGCAGUGCGCCACGCUGGCCCGGACCUUCGAGCAGCUCGUGGAGAACCUCUUCUCACUGCCUCUGGACGUUCCCUUCAGUGGCCUGCGCAAGGGCAUCCGGGCAAGGGACCAGCUGCAUCGGCACCUGGAGGGGGCCAUUUCUGAGAAGCUUCAUGAGGACAAGGCUGCAGAGCCGGGUGAUGCCCUCGACCUAAUCAUUCACAGUGCAAGGGAGCUGGGCCAUGAGCCCUCCAUGCAGGAGCUGAAGGAGUCGGCUGUGGAGCUCCUCUUCGCCGCCUUCUUCACCACGGCCAGUGCCAGCACCUCGCUCAUCCUACUGCUACUGCAGCACCCGGCGGCCAUCGCCAAGAUACGGGAGGAGCUGGUGGCGCAGGGGCUGGGGCGCGCGUGCGGCUGCGCGCCUGGGGCCGCGGUGGGCAGCGAGGGGCCCCCGCCCGACUGCGGCUGUGAGCCAGACCUCAGCCUCGCGGCGCUGGGCCGUCUGCGCUACGUCGACUGCGUGGUCAAGGAGGUGCUGCGCCUCCUGCCGCCGGUGUCCGGAGGCUACCGCACCGCCCUGCGCACCUUCGAGCUCGACGGCUACCAGAUCCCCAAGGGCUGGAGCGUGAUGUAUAGCAUCCGGGACACGCACGAGACGGCUGCGGUGUACCGCAGCCCUCCCGAAGGCUUCGACCCAGAGCGCUUCGGCGCAGCGCGCGAAGAUUCGCGGGGCGCCUCCAGCCGCUUCCAUUACAUCCCGUUCGGCGGCGGUGCGCGCAGCUGCCUCGGCCAGGAGCUGGCGCAAGCCGUGCUCCAGCUGCUAGCUGUGGAGCUGGUGCGCACCGCGCGCUGGGAACUGGCCACACCCGCCUUCCCCGCCAUGCAGACGGUGCCCAUCGUGCACCCAGUGGACGGGCUGCGGCUCUUUUUCCACCCCCUCGCGCCUUCGGUUGCGAGGAAUGGGCUAUGCCUCUGACAUGCUUGCGCUCUAGGACACGGCUUGGCGGGUGGCUGUGGCGCGCACGCAGCGCCACCCAUCUGCGGCUCCCCCACUCGUUCACUCGUUCAACAAUCUUUCAACAAAUGUUCGCCAAACGCGGAUUUGUGCCGGACUCGAGGAAGGAGGAGCGCGAGCCAUUGCUGCCGCGCCAGAGAAGCAUCUAAGCCCAUGGGAAGAUGCUUUCUGCACUCCUCGCCCAGAGGAAGGAAAAUGUCGUGGGCCAAGCAGGCAUGGAGGGAAUAGAUAGAUCACCACGAGGUGCCGCUUGGCUUCCCCUUCCCGAGCCAAUCCAGGGAGGGUGCAUGGAUGGGGGAAGGCGGGGUAGGGGUGGCAGGGGAGUGGGAAUAUUGCAACUCAGGGACAUUGCAGAGAGACCCGACGCACGCGGUGAGACCUGCAACCCUUGUAAGGAAGCGGGCACGCCGUGGGCGCAACCCUGGCCUGGCUUUGGGCCAUAGAAAAAACACACAAGAGGACGCCCGACGGAAGGCCCUCUGGCAGCUGGCGUCUGGCUUCGUGCGCCUUGGCCACUCUGCCGGUCUCGGUGGAAACUCGCAACUGUGGGCACUUCCAGGCUCGAAAGGGCUCAAGGUCACCGGAUUCUGCUGGCCACUUCUUAAAAGGAAAAAUUCCUACCUUAAGAACGCAUUUACUCUUGUCAUGUAUACAGAGGAGAAUAGGCACACCAACACGUCUCCUAACGGCUGGAUUAUUUUCAUGGGAGGUUGAGACAUAAUUAGAGAGGUUUGAGAUAUUUGUACCAAAAAUAGGAAGGCCAAGAAAUAAAGUGUCUUGGGAGCGGUUGA